UCCAUCAGCUGUUUACAGUUAUGUGUGGUUACACUUGCAAAUCGGAAAAUUGAAAUUAACUAAAAAAAUAUAAACCUAAAAUGAUUAGGCAGAUAUUUCGACAAUUUAAUCGCGCAUUAUCUUUAAAUUCGCACAGUACGUCAACGUUUACUGCAUCAAGGUUGCCCACAGGCAGCCGCAAAGUUGCAGGGAGCUCCGCGCAGCAGUUGAAGCUACUUUGCACAGUGCGUUCAUCAGCUAACCUGAAUUCGACCAGCAUAGAAGAAACAACAGUUGCAGAGUCCACUUUAGCCUGUUUGCCAAACGAUUCAGAUGCUUGUGAAAGGGGACCGGAGUACAUUACACCUUACAAUACAGAUCAAGAGAAACCGCGGCGCUAUGCACUUGUGGAGGCAUUGCGAACGCACUUCCGGCUAUCUGAUAAAGAUAUAGAUCGCAUAUUAAAGGAUGAAGUGGUAAAAAGAUCAUUUCACCAUCGUACACUUGUUUGCACAAUGGAAAUGCUUUGCUUGGAAGGAGUAACAAAGGAAAGUUUCUUGAACUAUCCAUGGUUAAUAACACUUGAUAGAGUACGUUUACAGGAUAAACUUGCGCUGAUAAAAACAAUUGCACUACGUGAUCUUAACCACUUCGUGCCCUUCUUACGUUUGACCCUGCCACGACUUCGUAAAAUUGUGUCUAUUAUGAAAAGGGAGGCGAAUGUGGUACCGCAAGGAAAUCGCGUUUAUUAUAUUAGCGAAAUGCUGAAAACCGAUCCUAAACUUGUCACAAAGUAUUUGUCAAAACGUCUGUUCAUCCUGGAAAUGCCUUUCGACAUGCUGGAGCAGAAUCUGCAACAUAUGGUAAACUACAAUGUUUCUCCUCAAAAUAUUUUGAAAGAUCUCUGGGCUUUUCGAUACACGCCUAAAUCUGUGCAACUACGUUUGGAGCGAGCGAAACGAGCUAAGAAAGACAAAAUAAUGCCUUGGAUGGUUCGUUGCCCGGAGCCUAUACUGCAAAGAUCAUUCAAGCUCACGUUAGACGACCUUGCUGUGCUUGGAGAGAAAAAAAGUGUUGUGGAAUAUGUAGCUGAACGUUUGGGAUUCGAUGUAGAAAGCACACAAUGUAUAAUGGCACGGCACCCAUCUGUUAUGCGAGUACGCGUAACAAAGGUCAAAGAGGUACUUGACUAUCUUCUAAAUGAAGAGGGUUUCACACGCCACGAAAUUGCAAAUGUGCCCCGUAUUUUAUGCCACGGUUUGAAAACUACAAAGCAACGCAUAGAAGAAUUAAAGUCUUAUGGUUGCCGACCUUCGAGUUUAGUAAUUGUGUGUCGUAGCAAACGAGAAUAUGACAAGUUUGUAAGGAUGUGGUUGGAAAAUGAAAAUCAAAUGCACAGACGAGAGGACAAAAAUAAAACUGAAGAUGCUGAAGCAGUAUAGCAUGUUGUUAGUUUGAAAUUAUACUGACCGUUUCGUUUUGUUAUCUACCUUUAUACAUUGUCAACAAAUAAACUAGAUUUUAAGUUGAAAAUA